UCACAACCUCUUCAUCCGCUCUCCCUUCCAACUUUGCUGUGUCGUUCACAGCUACUCGUCUUCAGUCUCUACUUCCACCACAUAUCGCCACAAUGGCCGUCUCCUUCGGCGAUCUCUCUACUCCCGCUGGUCUCAAGCAGCUCGACGAGUACCUCCUCACCCGCAGCUACAUCUCAGGCUUCCAGGCGUCGCGCGAUGACCUCACGGUCUACAGCGCGCUCAAGACCUUCCCCAAGGGCUACACCAACGCUGCGCGGUGGUACACGCACAUCAAGGCGCUCCUCGGCUCCGCCUUCGCUGCUCCCGGCGUCGGUGUGGUGAUCGGCGGUGCUGCUCCGGCCGCCGCUGCUUCUGUUGCUGCUGUCGCCACUCCCCCUGCAGCUGAAGCCAAGCCCGCUGAGGACGAGGAGGACGACGACGACCUCGAUCUGUUCGGCGAGGCCACGGAGGAGGAGAAGGCGGCCGCGGCUGAGAGGGAGGCGAAGGCCGCCGCGUCUGGCAAGAAGAAGGAGAGCGGCAAGUCGUCGGUGCUGCUGGACGUGAAGCCGUGGGACGACGAGACGGACAUGGCCAAGCUGGAGGCCGCCGUGCGUAAGGUCGAGAUGGACGGGCUGCUCUGGGGCGCCUCCAAGCUGGUCCCCGUUGGGUACGGCAUCAAGAAGCUGACGAUCAUGAUGACCAUUGUGGACGACCUGGUGUCGCUCGACGAGCUCAUUGAGGACCACCUGCAGGCGGGCGAAUGCGCCGAGUUCAUCCAGAGCUGCGAUAUCGUUGCCUUCAACAAGAUCUAAGGAGAUGGUGGGAAGAUGUGUCAUUGUGAGCUGAGGACAUGUCCUUCUAGUAGGGCAUGCUGCGCAUGCCAACAUGUGGUUGCUUGAGUACGUGACAGUUCUGUUUGAUCAUGAAAUUAAUGGAUUUUGUGUGGUACGGUACUAUUCUUACACAGCUUCAGCAGCUAAUUCCACCCGCGGUUCAGAGCGGUUGUGCAGAUAACUAGGCCUCGAGAUCAUGCCGAGUUGUGAACAUGGACACAAGGUAGCUAGGUUUCAUCCUGGUCGCACUUUCGCGUCGCAUUGGCGCCUUGCCGUCAGACC